AUGAAUAGUUCAUCACAUCAGUUUCUACCUAUACCAACCGAUGAGAAUUUAUUCUCACCACCGACAAUACUUCGUCGAGGAUCAAGUAAAAUUUCAUUACAAACAAACGGUUUUGAUGAAGAAACUGAAAUUGGUUCGCCAUUAAGUCAUCAUAUGUCACUUAAACGUUUACAUAAUCCAUUGCAAGCUCGUAUUUAUAAUUUUCUUGAACGACCAUGUGGUGUAUCCUGUUUUUUAUAUCAUUUUUCUGUCUUCGUAGCUGUUAUCGGUUGUCUAGUUUACAGUUCAAUAUUAACUGUUUAUGUUGAGCAAUCCUAUUCAAUCUUAUUUUGGAUAGAAUUUGUAUUAUUUAUUUUAUUUUCUAUUGAAUACAUUGUUCGUGUAUGGUCAUCCGGUUGUCGAAGUAAAUAUCGUGGUCGUCAGGGUCGUUUAUUAUUUAUGCGUAAAGUAAUGUGUAUUGUUGAUUUGUGUGUUAUUAUUGGUUAUACUAUAUUAUUAUGUAUGGGACUAACUCAUACACAAUUUAAUAUUCAACUUGUAAGAUAUGUAAGAAUUCUUCAAAUACUCCGAUUUCUUCAUGUUGAUCGACGUCUAACAUCAUGGCGUCUACUUGGUUCUGUUGUUUAUGAUCAUCGAUAUGAAUUAAUAGCUACGCUUUAUUUUUGUUUUAUUUUCUUAAUUGUUGUUGCUUAUUUAAUCUGGCUAGUAGAAAAAGAUGAAAGUAAACCACCUGGUGAAGAUAUGUUUCACAGUUUUGCUGAUACACUUUGGUGGGCCAUUGUAACAAUGGCAACAAUUGGAUAUGGUGAUAAAUGUCCCAGUACAUAUAUUGGUAAAAUGAUUACAUCAUGUUUAUGUAUUUGUGGUGUUGCAUUUUGGACAUUACCAUCUGGUAUUAUUGGUUCAGGUUUUGCUUUAAAAGUUGAACAAAAAAAACGUGAAAAACAAUUCAAUCGUUUGGUUCCUGCUGCUGCUAGUCUCAUACAAAGUUGGUGGCGUAUGACAGCUGCUCGUCAUCCACGUCUAGUAGCUACAUGGCGUAUUUAUCGAAUUGAAGUAAAACGAUCUAAUAAAUAUCAUCGUCAUGCAGGUUCUUCAUUUGCUGUAAAUGCACUUGAUAGUACUUCUGAUACAUUACGUUUACGAAACGGUUCAUCUCCAUAUCAUGCAUCGUCGAAUACAACGUCAUUAGAAAAAACUUGUUGGCGUAAAGUUGAAAAAGCUGACGAUCUUAGUGUAAAUCAACGAAUUGCUAUACGAAUGAUACGCAUUAUUAAAUAUCAUGUAUCAAAAAGAAAAUUUCGCCAAGCACAUAAACCAUAUAAUUUUAAAGAUAUUAUGGAUGAAAAUGCUCAAGGAAAUUUAAAAGUCAUGUAUACACUUGCUGAUAUACAACGACGACUAGAUCAAACAUUAGGUCUACCAAAAUCAUAUCCAAUUGUUCUAUCGGAUAAAGAACGUGAACAAUUGACACUAAAUGCUAAAGUUCAAAGAUUAGAAACGAAAUUAAGUGGACUUGAAAGACAAACAAAUCGAGUUAUUUCAUUACUUGAAGAAUUGACUCAACGUUCACAUAAUGAAGGAAAAGAUGUAAUCAUGAAUCGAAUACCAACCGUUGCUGAAGAAAUAACAUCAGGAACGUGA